UGAGCGUAACGGGGAACACCGAGUGGCUUUCAUGCUGAUGUGAUUGAACCUGCGAAUAUAAGGAAGCCCGUUAACGCAAACAGCCUACCUGUGCUGCUGUGUGUGCCAGGCCCUGCUAUGGUGAGGUGUGUUAGCGAUGACGGAUGUGGAGGCGACCUAUGAGGACUUCAUCGCCUCUCGGCGGUCUGGCCGCAGGAACGCCAUCCAUGAUAUCCCAGCAGCCCCUGGGGUGGAAGGACCCACUGACCUGUCACAGAGUCUGGCACAGCUCAACAUCAACAAGUCAGGAGAUGAGGGAGAAAACCCAGAGAAAAGCCAGGACUGUCCAGCUAAAGAAGAGGAGACUCAAGCUGAGGGCAGCUAAACUAACAUUUGUGAACUCAAAUAACCACUUCCUCCCUCCUACCUGAUCCCUGACUGCAAGGCCUGCCGCAUCCAAUGACUGUGAACAGACACAGCAAAAUCUUCCUCUGCCACUGUCCCACCAUCACCGUCGCUAUGGCAACCACAGCUCCCUUCUGCACUUGGGUGUGUUCCAAUUUCCUUAAAAGGCCUCCUUUCCUUGCUGCCUUUCCUUUAUGGCUGCUGAUAUGAGAUUGGAUGUGAUGUAUGGUGAGCGCAGCGUCACAUCAACAACCAAAACCAGCCCUGUUUGACUCUCGGUGGUCCUGAGAGGAAAGGAAAUAAGGGAAAAGUGGUCAUUCAAGGUUUUUGGAGCAGGCUUAAGUGUUGCCACUCCCUUCCCUCCACGCCUUGAAUCAAUCACCAGUGAUGUGACUGAAAGACUUCCAGGGAACUGAGGACAGUGAUCGCAUACUUCCUCUUCGUUUGUUUGUUUGUUUAUCUACGUCAGGUGUGACGGACUCAAUUUGAAAGAAAUGUAGGUAAACAAUGUUGCAAUCUGGCACUUUUAAUAUUGCAUUAAUUUUUUUACUCUGUCAACAUGAUCAAGGCAAAAAGCUAAAGAAAGAGCAACUCUGUUCUAUUUCAUUGGCUGGCUUCCCUGUUUCUUGCUCUCCUGCACACUGACCCAAAACCUCCCAAAUACUCACUAGCCCUCUUUGUGCACACUGCCAGGCCUCACAGAUGCUGCCAGUAUGCACUAGAUAGUGCCCUGAACAUCAUUUUAGAUUCUUUUUUUAUAUUCACAAUAUUGUAAAGCUUUUAUUCUAGAUCUUUACAUACACGUGGGGAAUUAUUGUCUGAUAUUUAGUAAAGCAACUUGCGUAUGAUUUCCCCAACUUUGAUUUAUUAUAUGAACAUUUUGUAACUUUGUAUGCAGUUUUGCUGUUAACUGUUCAAAUAUUCAUGGUGAGAUAUUGCAGUCAUUCAUGAGGUUGCUAACAGAUUUGGAAUUAAAUUUGGAAAUACUCAUUAAUCAUCUCUCUCACAGUCUGUGGCUGGUCUAUGGAGAAGUUUUCAGUUUUGUAAUAUGGGAUGGUGAUGGUGUAAACUUUUCUAUGUACAAUAAUGUCCAUAUUAUUGUGUCCUGGUAAGAUCAACACACUGCAGUUUUGCAUAUCCCAGUGUGUGACUGUGAAUGUGUGUGUGUGUGUGUCAGGAUGUGUGUGUUGGAUAAAGGUAGAUGGUGAGAUCAAGAAUUUAUUUGUUGCUGGGGAUGUGAAAAGUUCAACACUGAUUGCACUCAAGUACUUUGUGUUAUUUGAUGUAUUACAUUAGUUAAUUGAGAUUAGUGUUGUGACUGGACAGACUACUUUUGAAUUUUGCAUUUCUUGUUUCUCCCGUCAGUCAACCUUUCAUUCUCAGAGAGAACCGCCCCUCCCAAUACUAUUACUGUAGCUAUGACACACUGCCUUUUUUUCUGUUGUGUAAAUCAGAUAUGUACAUAUGCACUCUGAAAGUUUCUAUCUUGACUUUUUUGUGAUUAUCAUCCGAAGAUGGUAUCACUUGUUUUUCUUGGCUAGUUUUAUGAAAUUUUAAGAAACUGAAUGACUUGUUUGAGGGGAAUUUUUACAUUGUAUUUACAGGACAAGAGAAUUACAUUGCACUUUGAGUCAGGUAGAGUGUGAUUUAUUGACCAGUACUGUUGCACUGUAGGUGACCCAGAGCACCCAUGAUCAUGUUGUGUUUUUCAUAUUGUUCAUUCAUGAAUAAUGCCACUGCGUU